AUGCAGCGCGCAAGCACCCUAGCCCUCAUCUGUCUCCUGUUCGUCUGCCUCGAGGCAGCCCAAGCGUUGGCAACCCCGCCUAUCAAGUGCGUCAAGUGGUACAACUCGCCGAACCAACCGCCCGCCACCGGCACCUGGUCCUACCAAGCCAAGGUGUCGCCGCUGUGCCGGGAGGUGGUGUACGGAGGUUGCUCGGCUAGAGUCACACUCACGGCCAGCCUAGCCAAGGAAUUUGUACUCAAGAUCGAGGAGACUGCCCCUCGAGCACCUCGCGUGUGGAUCGAGACCAACGAAGAUGACGGCGAGCCCAGCCGGGCCGCUGCGGUGACCCUCUAUCCCGAGUUCCCAUCGAGCAGCUCGACCAUCAGCGGCAGCCUACCGGUCGAGAUCGUCUUCCUCCUUGAUCGGUCGGGUUCGAUGAGCGGCUGGUCGAUCGAGCAGGCCAGGAAUGCGCUGAUGCUGUUCCUCAAGAGCUUGCCGGGCGGCCACGUCUCCUUCAACAUCGUCGGGUUCGGGUCGAGCCACGUGACUCUGUUCGGAUCCUCGGUCGCCUAUGACGACACCAGCCUCCAGAAGGCUCAGCAGCACGUGCUGUCCCUCGACGCCGACCUCGGCGGCACCGAAAUCCUGCGGCCGCUGGAAGAGAUCUUUCGAGUCCCGGAGAAACCGGGCGUGCCACGCCAGGUCAUUCUCCUCACCGACGGUGAGGUAUCCAACACGGAGCAAGUGAUCCAGUUCGUGAAGCAGCACAGUAAGAACACGCGCGUGUUCACACUGGGCAUCGGCGCGGGAGCGAGCCAUCGGCUCAUCAAAGGCAUGGCACACGCUGGCCGGGGAUCGGUGCUCCUGCCCGCGCGGCGAUCUGACGGCGACGGCGACGGCGAUGGUGAUGGUGAUGGCGGCGGUGGCGAUGUCAAUGCGUCGGCCGACGUGUACUCGUUCGGCAUCGUGAUGUGGGAGAUGCUCACGCGCAAGCUGCCGUACCAGGACGACCACGGCGGCAACAUGGCCGAGAUGGUGCGGGACGUGCUAGAUGGCAAGCGGCCCGCCGUCCCGUCGGACUGUCCGCCCGCCUUCGCCCGGCUGAUGAAGCUCUGCUGGCACCGCAAGCCCGGCCGACGGCCGUCCAUGGACCAGGUGCUCAUGCAGCUCAACCAGAUCAGCGGCGGCCUGCCCGUCUGA